CAAACACAUAUACAUAUGACAAAUCAAAGAUUCUUAUUCCUACUCCUCAACCCACAAAAGAUUAAGCUUUACUCCUCCUAUAUAUAUAUUAGCUAGAGAGAGAGAGAGAGAGAGAGAGACAGAUUGGAAAGAUCGAGGUGAGAGAAAAGAAAUGGGAACCAUGGUUGGUCCUGAUGAAUAUUCCUCAGCAAAGAGUGAAGGAGAUGAUGAAGUAGAUCAAGAUGCUGGUGCCCUCUUUGUCCUUAAAUCUAAAGGAUCGUGGUGGCACUGUGGAUACCACUUGACGACGUCAAUAGUUGCGCCGCCGCUGCUGAGUCUGCCGUUUGCUUUUGCACUGUUGGGAUGGGCGGGCGGAAUGGUGUGCCUCGUCGGCGGCGCCGCCGUCACCUUCUACUCCUACAACCUAAUGUCGCAUGUUCUUGAACACAAUGCUCAAAAGGGUCGCCGCCUCCUCCGCUUUCGGGACAUGGCCUCUCACAUCAUGGGGCCAAGAUGGGGCAGAUACUACGUAGGCCCAAUUCAACUGCUGGUAUGCUAUGGUGCAGUGAUUGGUAAUACUUUGCUUGGAGGACAAUGCCUCAAGACAAUUUAUCUGCUGUGGAAUCCAAAUGGGAGCAUGAAGCUGUACGAAUAUGUGACUAUAUUCGGGGUGGUGAUGUUGAUUUUGGCUCAAAUCCCAUCGUUUCACUCCCUAAGAUACAUCAAUUUGGUUUCUUUGAUUCUCAGCCUAUGUUACAGUGCCUGUGCCACUGUUGCUUCUAUCUAUAUUGGAGUUUCAUCCAAGGGACCAAGGAAGGAUUACUCUGUUGAUGGCGAUAAUGAAACGCGUAUUUUUGGCAUAUUCAAUGCAGUGGCUAUCAUCGCCACAACAUAUGGGAAUGGCAUCAUUCCAGAAAUUCAGGCAACGUUGGCUCCACCAGUGAAAGGGAAGAUGUUUAAAGGACUGUGUAUUUGUUAUGCAGUAGUGUUAUCAACAUUCUUCAGUGUUGCCAUUUCUGGGUACUGGGCAUUUGGGAACCAAUCUGAGGGACUAAUCCUCACCAACUUCACACAAAAUGGCAAAAAUUUGGUUCCCAAACCUUUCAUUUUCAUCAUCAAUCUCUUUACCAUUAUGCAACUCUCCGCCGUAGCUGUGGUGUAUUUGCAACCAACAAAUGAAAUGUUGGAAACAAUGUUUGGAGAUCCAAAGAGUGGAGAAUUCUCAAGCAGAAAUGUGAUUCCGAGAGUGAUAUCACGAUCAUUAUCUGUUGUGGUGUCGACUACAAUAGCUGCAAUGCUACCAUUUUUUGGAGACAUAAAUGCAGUGAUUGGUGCAUUUGGGUUUAUGCCGCUGGAUUUUGUGUUGCCUAUGGUUUUCUUCAACUCAACCUUCAAACCUUCCAAGAGGAGUGGUGUUUUCUGGUUAAAUUUGAGCAUAGCUGUGGUGUUUUCCAUCUUGGGAGUCAUAGCAGCAGUUGCUGCAGUUAGACAGAUUAUCCUUGAUGCUAAAACCUUUCGAUUAUUCGCUAAUGUUUGAUUCAAACAAUAAAAAGGGUUUGCUAUCCUCACUAUUUGAAAACUUA